GAAUCCAAGAUAUUCAAAUCUUCUGAGAAUGCAACCAGCAGAUCAAAGGGCAGUGAUGGUAACACUCACCAGAUUACUGCUCGUCUGCCAUCUAGUUCAAAGAAUGCCUCAAGCAAUACAAAGAACCAAAGAACCACAUCAAAAAGAAGGAUAAAAAGCAAACAAAAGAGAGAAAGAAAGGAAAGGACUCCAAAAAAGUGCAUCAGGGACCCUCCAGAGCUUAAUAAAAUUCUCCCAUCCUUGCCUGACAUUAAGGCAAAAAAUAGAAAACAUGCUGAUCUUCCUGUUGAUGUAAACAAUACUGCAAGCAAUGCAAAGAAGCCCAUUAGAGGCCCUCCUGAGCUUAAUAAAGUUCUCUCAUCCUUGCCUGACAUUAAGGCAAAAAAUAGAAAACAUGCUGAUCUUCCUGUUGAUGUAAACAAUACUGCAAGCAAUGCAAAGAAGCCCAUUAGAGGCCCUCCUGAGCUUAAUAAAGUUCGUCCAUCCUUGGCUGACAUUAACACAACAACCAAACCUGCUGAUCUCCCUGUUGAUGUUUUGUUACUGACAGUGAAGGAUUGUGAGUUCUUAGCUUGUUACAGUGAGCUAAAAAACCCCUAUAGAUGUCACUUUGAUGUUCUUGGGUAUGUUUACUUUUCUGAUGUGGAUAGAAGGCAAGAGAAAGUUAAAGUCGCAUUAUUAAAAUGUUAUGAGAACAGUAGUUGUCCUGGUGGUUCUCUCAUCUCUGUAAAGAAUGCGGCCACUGUCCUCAGACCUAAAGCAGUUAUAUCUGUUGGUGCAUGUAGCAGCCUUCACCCUGAGAAAUGCAAGUUAGCAGACAUUGUUGUUUCUGCCAAAAUAGCAACAUAUGCAUCCAAAGUGGUGAUCAAUAAUCAAGAACAUUCAACUGGCAUGAGGAGUUAUGUGAGCAAACGCUUCCUGGAUGUCAUUAAGAAUUGUGCUGAUGGCUGGCAAGCACCAUUGAAGAACCUGGCUGAUGCUCAACAAGUUCAAGUUUAUACUGCUGCUGAGUUUCUAAGUGGACCAGAACAAGUCAUUUCUGGACAGCGGCGUGAUCAACUUGCUGAAACCAAUCCUCAGGCAAUAGCAAUGGAAAAUGAAGGAGAAGGUAGG